AGAGCUCAGGCUGAGUCAGCAAGAGACACGCGACGGGGACUGUGCCGUUAGUCACUGAUGCAUGCAAAGUAUCGCACGAUGCACGAAAGAUGAGACUGAUGCUGCGAUAGUAACGGUUCCUUCAUCUGCUCACAGGUAGAUUCAGAGAUUCUACCUCUACAGACAGUCGUCGAAUGGAGUAUUUGUUGUGGUAGAAUCGACCAGCACCCGAGGAGCUGUCAAUCCUAUAAUACAUGUUUAUCAAUACAGUGAUCGUUGUCGCCAAGCUGCUGAUCAAGAACGUCGACUACAGUCAGUCAGUCAAAUACGUUGAGAAUCAUUUCAACCUCUACGACAAUAACAAUAAGUCCACGGAUAUCGUCAACAGCUCGUAUGUGGUCAACAACACCACACCCCUCGUCCUUAAAGAAAAAGCCGACGAGUCCGUCGCUGAAGUACUCAAGCAACGUGUCCGAGUGUUAAUAUGGGUCAUGACCUCUCCAAAGAAUUUACAUAAGGCACGUGCCGUGAAGAACACCUGGGGAAGCAGGUGCGACCUGCUGCUCUUCUUCAGUUCUGAGAACAACACUGAACUUCCCACCAUAGAGUUGGACGUUGAAGAAGGGAGAGAACAUUUGUAUGAGAAGACAACUCAGGCGUUUGACUAUAUUUAUGAGAACUAUUUUGACAUGGCGGACUGGUUCAUGAAGGUUGAUGACGACACGUUUGUGAUAGUGGAGAACUUACGUCACUUCCUGCAUGACAAGAAUGCCAGCGAGCCUGUAUAUACCGGUCGUCACUUCAUCGAGCCUAAACUUAAAAUAAAUUUCCAGAGUGGCGGUGCCGGGUACGUGCUGAGCAAAGAAGCUCUCAGACGAUUUGCGACAAGGGAGCUCAGUCCACCCGUCUGCACCAACCACACGACUUACGAGGAUGUCGAGAUGGCGCGCUGCCUCCUCCGGCUGAAUGUUACCAUCCUCAACUCUACAGACGACAAACUGCGCACCCGGUUUCAUCCGUUUAACAUGGAGAGGCACCUGGCGAAUGGCCCUCCAAAAGGUCGCCUUAAGUACGAGGCCAACCCGGUGAAACUGGGUAUCGAUGGUAUCAACGAGCACGCCAUCUCGUUUCACUACAUCACACCUGAGCAGAUGUUUUCAUUCUACUACUUCCUCUACCACUGCCGGCCUUUUGGACUUUCUUAUUCGUACGACUGGUCUGAGCACCCACAGACAUAAGUGAUCUGCUGCUCCGUGAAAAUACGUGAACAGACUGCUUUGCCGGAAUUCAGACUUCCAUAACAUUCUUUAACAAAUGGACUCCAUGAGACAGUGUGUAGUAAUUACUGGCUGAUAUUGUAAGAAGCUAUGGCGAUGUAAUAGGUGCUUGAAGAGGUAACUUGACACUCGUUAUUAUUGCUUACAGCUAAUAAAAAUAUGAAAGUUAGAUAUUAUUUAUUCUUGUACAUAAAAAUAGAAAAAUAGUUUGAUAUUAUUUAUUCUUGUACAUAAAAAUAUGAAAGUUAGAUAUUAUUUAUUCUUGUACACAAAAAUAUAUAAAUAGUUUGAUAUUAUUUAUUCUUGUACAUAAAAAUAUGAAAGUUACUUAUUAUUUAUUCUUAUACAUAGCUGUGUCCUCGCAAUCAACAUUCCGAAUGCAGUGUGCCUAUGUGUAUGUAUAUAUAUACCAUUAAGAUGUAUAGAAGUAGUGAGGACUUAGUGUGCUGUAAAAAUAAGAGAACGAUUAAAUUACAUCUUUUUA